AUGAUGCCUUCUAUAAUAUUAGAAGAAUUGUAUGAUAUUAUUUCUAAUCAAAUACCAGGAUGGCCUGCAUUGUUAAUUCCAUUUAUUCAACAAAUAUCAUCAUUAAAAAAAGAACAACUUCAAGAAACAAAUAAUGCUAAUCGAGAUGCUCAAAUUAUAGCAUUAUUAAAUUCAUUAGUGACAGUAGAAGAAAAUUAUCCAACAUUACUUCAAGACAUUUCAAAAUAUAAUAAAGAAGAAUCUCUUACAGUAAGUUAUUCAGAUGCCAUUACAAAUUGUUUUAAAAAUCUUUUAAAAGUUUUUACAUCAACUAAGUCACAAGUAAGUUUGGUAUAUGGAAUGGCUACUCAUAUUAUAUUCUCAAGAAGAAAUAGUAUGGAAAUUUCUAUUAACCCAAUUCUUACAUCUAUUAUUGAAAGAAUUUCAAAUGAAAAUGAAGAACUUUUUAGACCUGCAGCUGAGGUUAUUGGUGAAUUAGCAUCAUUUACAGAAUAUUUCACUAUUUCUGAUGUUCAAGAUCUUUUAUCACAACUAAUUGAAGUUAUAUUAAAUCCCCAAUCAAAAACUGAAGCAAUUGCUUGUAUAUUUACUUCAUUAAUAGAUUGGGCAUUCUCUCCUUCAUGUAUAUUCCCUAAAGCAUUAACACCAGAACUUACAGUUAAUUUGUUAAAUUCAAUUUCAUACUCAAUGUCUUUACCAUAUUCUGUUAAAAGUAAUGAUCCUAAUAUUAAGUAUCGGGCUUGUGCACCAGAAUGUGCUGAAGUAUUUUUACAAACAUUGUUAAAUGCAUUUGGAUUUGUUCCAAGUGAAAAAGGAAGUGAUAAGUUCUUCUCUACUCAUAUUGAAGAAGGAGAAGUAACAUGGUGGGCAUAUGGAAAUAAUAUUUUAUCAAUAGAAAAAGGUACUGAAGGAGAAUUUUGUAAUCUAGUUAUACGAAAUGCUGUAGGUAAAACAGUUUGGGGAGUAAAAUCAAUUUCUCUUCUUGAAGAAUUAGGUAUUAAAAAUACAAAACAAAAAACACGAUUAACAGUAAAAGAUAUUGUUCAAACUGCUCCAAAACAAGUAGUUAAUGAAAGAAUAAUUUGUGAAGGAGAAAAUAAACUUAGAAAUAUGAUUAAUGAAAUUCUUAAAGAAGAAAAUGACUUGUUAGAAUGGGGAAUGCCUGAUGGAGUAGAACGUACAGACUACGAUAAAGACUUAAGUUUUGUAAAAGAUUCUGUAGAUAACGUAGAGAAACAAAUUAAAGAACUUGGAAUAAAUAUGAUUUCACCAAAUAAGAAUGUUAUUAAUCUUAACAAUCAACCAAUUGAUAAUACCAAAUUGUUGAUUCAUUCUUUAUUAUGUCAAACACAAUUUAUUGACCCAAUGCCAAAAAAUAAUAUUUCGUUAAUUCCUAUUAAUCCAACAGAAAAGUUUAAGAUUUUAUUAGGAAAUUUAGACAAGUCAUGCGUUAGACCAUUCCAUAAAAUUGGACUUAUUUAUGUUAAAAAUGGUCAACAUGAUCAAUACGAUAUUCUUAUGAAUCAAGAAGGAUCACCCGCAUAUAAAGAAUUUGUUGAAGGAUUAGGAUGGACUUUAGAUAUUAAAACUCAUUCAGGAUUUUUAGGAGGAUUAGAUAAAACUUAUUUGUCAACUGGAGAAUAUAUUAGGUAUUAUGCCGAUGCAACAAAAGAAGUUAUUUUUCAUGAUAUUACUUUAAUACCAACACAAGCAGAUGACCAACAACAAUUAACUAAAAAACGGCAUGUUGGAAAUGAUUAUGUUCAUAUCGUUUGGAAUGAAUCUGGUGAUUAUAAUCCACAUACAAUUACAUCCCAAUUUAAUGCUGCUCAUAUUAUUGUUACUCCAAUUGGAAAUGUUAGAGAAACAGCUAUUAAUGCCAAUUAUUGUUGUAGUUUGAAUAUAUCACCAGACGAUUAUUUAAAACCAUAUUUAAGAAGAACAACACUUAUCAAAGAAAUUAUUGAUAAAAAUGAUUCAUUCCCAACUCCUACAUUCUUCUCUACACUUUCUAUUGUUACAAAUCCACAAACGAUUAAUGAUUUAGCAAUUAAAAAAUAA